AUGCCUUCCCUGUUCUCAAAUGAAUACUCUCGCGGCCCACUCUACCAGUACUGGAAGGAGCGCGGCCAAGAAGAGAAAUCCCUCCGCGAUCAGCGCGUCGACGAAGCCAAGCUCCGCGCCAAAGGAUUCAAGCCUCUAGAUGCGGCAUACGGGCCCAGUUCCGCGGAGAGCUACGCAAGCAGGGAAGGGAGGGGUCCGCCUGCGUACGCAUCUGCUUCUGCUUCCGCUUCCGCUUCUGCUUCUGCCGAGGAUGCACUCGCAGAAGGGAGCGGGCGCAACAUUCCAGCUGGCGACGAACUGCCCGCAUAUAUCGACACUGAUGCUGGGUUAGCGUCGGGGUCAGAUUCGCGCUCCCGUUCGCGCUCCCACUCUCAGCCCCAUGAAGAAGAUCUUGUUCCCGCGGAGGAGGAGAAAGCCCGGCUUCGCGCGCUGGAGGAACAGAACCAGCGGACUCGAUCUGAUGCGGCGAUCGCGAGGACGCUGUCGGAUGAAGCGCCGGACGAGGCCUCCAAGGGAAAGGAGCCAGAGGGGAGGAGGAAAAGUACGGUGGGCAAGGUGGGACGGUGGCUGGCCGACGCCGCGAGCGGGUAUACGAAGAGGCAGGAGCGGUGGUAG